AUAAUCUAAUGAGGAAGGUACUAUUAUUGAUAAGGAAUCUGAGGCUCAAGUUGGAAAGAUAAGUGGCACAACCUAGAUUCAAGGUUAGCCCUAUCUUACCCUAGAACCUAGACUGUUAUCUAUCAUGGUAUAAUAGAAAUAUAGAAACAAUUGUACUAAAGAGAGAGAGAGAGAGAUCACAUCUACCCAGAAAGAUCAAGAAAGACUUCUUAAAGAAGAUGCAGCUAAGGUGGAGUUGAAAAAUUGAUUGCUAUUUGAUGUGAUCAGAACAGUGUUUCAUGAGCAUUAUUCUGUCAGUGGCACAGGGUGAAUUGGAGUGGAGAUAGAAUACAGUUAGACAUCUGUUAUGUCAGGCACUGUCCCAGGUCUCUUCCCUCAUGGAAGAGACCUGGAACAUUAGUAAAAGGAAAAUAAAAAAGAAACAAAUGUAUGUCAGUGGUGAUGAAUGCUGUUUAGAAAAAUGAAAAAAUGAGGCAGGGUAAGGAAAUUGAGGAUGAAAAUCAUGUUUUAGAGAGGUUAUCAGAGACGGCUUCUCUGCUAAGAUAGUAUUUAGAAGAGGUAAGGAGAGGUUGGAUUCCAGUAUAAUUUACAUGUGGAACCAAUGAGUUUUGCCAGAAGAAUUGCAUGCAACAUGUAAAAGAAAGAAAAGCCAAGAUUCUGAUUUGUCUAGGGUAAAUUGGGUAAAACAAUUGGGGCAGCAGUCCUGGGCCACAUACUUGGGGAGUAUCUUAAAUGAUUUCCCAAAGGGUCUAUGAAACAUCAACAGUGAGCUCUCAUUUAUGAUUAUAUUGGGCAAGGCUGAUUAUAUUGGGCAAGGCUGAUUAAAUUGCCUUGGGCUCUACACCCUUCUAGAUACCUCCCUGCUAAUGUUCUAGAGUUUUGAAUCUGAAUAAGAAAAAUGAACUUCUAAUUUACUGGGAUGGAGAAGACCACGAAGGAGCUGGUUUAGGGGUAGUGAUGGAGUGGAUAGAGACAUAAGGAGUUCAGUUUGGAACAUAGUGAGUUAAAUGGCUGUAAGAAAUUCAAGUGGCGAUAUCAGGAUUAAAGAAGGUGAACUAAAAGGGGGAAAAGAGACUCAAGAAUGUCAGGCAACAAAGAAAGGAAGAGUCAAGGAGUUCCUGAAGAAGCUCUGGCUAAACAAGACACAUCUUCAUUAACCGAUGCUGUAGAGGAAGUUGCAAAGCAACAACAAUCACAAACAUCAGAAAUAGAAAAAAACAAAAAAGUUCUGUUCCAUUUGCAGAAUGAACUUCAUGAGCUUGAAACACAAAUAGCAUCUAUCUCUGCAGAAACUAAAGAAACAGAAAGGCAAAUGUAUCAGCAAGAUGCUGCCAUACAGAAUACCAGGCUCCAGUGCGGAGUCCUGGAAAAUCAAAUCCGAUCCUUACAUACAGAAAAUGUGAAGCUGAAAUUUGACAUAGAAGCAGCCCAGGAAGAUUUUGAGGAACGGAUGAUAAGAUAUAAUGAAUACUAUGCAAGAAUACAAGCACAUAAAGAUAGUCUGAGAGAGGUGGAGAGCAAAUGGUCAUCCAUGAGUGAGCUCAGUGAGAAGCGAGACCUUGUUAAAAAACUAAAGGCAGCCAAAGAGGAACUUAUGCAGGAUCUCCAAAAUCCAGAAGGAAACCUGAUGAGACAAGUACAGGAAGACAUUACAGAGCUAAAGGAUAAAAUUCUAACUGUAAAAGAAUCCAUCAUUGAAAAAGCUUGUUUUCUUGAGGAAGAAAAAAAGACACACGAAAAAUUAAGAAAAGAAAUAGAGGUACAACAUAAGAGAUACAGUGCAAUUCUUAAGCGUUUGCACUGUCAGGUGAACAAGCUUCAGUCAAAUAGAAGACAAUGGCAGUGGAACAUUCAACAGCUGGAAAAAACUGCAGCUGAACUGAGAAAAUGCAUUGGAACAAAAGUUUAAUGUGGCCAUAGGGUAAUGUAGAACACAGGCUAUGCCACAAAAAUUAUGGGACAGAAAGGUGAGAAAAUCCUUUGGGUCCUAACAACUGGCAUCCACUAUUGGAGGGCUCUCUAAUGACAGAUAUGUUUUCUUUUUUUUGAAUCAGCCAUCUGUUUGUUGAAGUGCCUUCCAACCCGAUAAUUGAUAGCAAUAGACAACAGGAAGGCUCACAGAAGAAUAGUGAAAGACUCUUUAUGAAUAUUUUGAGUAUAUAAGAUAUACUGUACUCAUGAAUGCCUGUUUAUAAAUAUGUCGCCUCCACUAUCAUAUGAAGCAAAACUUUAGAAGAAAAGAAGCACUUGAAUUUACGACUUAAAUUGUUAAGAUACUUUAAAUGGUUGUCUGUUUCAGACAACCUGAUUUUUACACCGGGUUUCAAAGCAGUCCAUAAAUACUGACAUUUAUAAUAAUGUUGUUAUGUGUUCAAGGCUUCAUAUAUUUACUUGGUUUCCCCUUUUAUACAGAGGUAACAAUCAUUUUUUUUGCUGUUGGAUAACAUAUUUUUAGAGAGUUGCAGUGUACACGGUUUUUGUUCACUUUUCUGUCUGUACUUUCUUUCUUACUAUUCUAUAACUGUAUUGAAGUUAUAACAUCAUGUAAGGCAAACAUACCAGCUCCUAAAAGAAAAAUGUUAACCAAUGUAGACUAAUGUAUUUUUUCUCAUUGAAAGUUAUAUACUAUGUCCACAGCAACAAAUCAAAAUUUAACUCCUUGCGGCUCCAUUGAGUCAAAUUUUUAGAAAAUAAACAAAAUAUUAAUUACUGAAGAUAUGGUUUUUGAAUAUUUGCUUUUAGGAUGUAAUGAAUUCAAAGCAAUAACAUCAAAAAGGUAUCUCAGGUCCAUCUUCUCCUCACCUUUCUAUGUGCCAAAGAUUCAGUAAGAGUAUAGCUGAUAUAAAACCUGAUAUUAAUAAUCUUGUUAUGCCUAAUAUUAGUAGUCCUGUUAGGAAUUUGCAUGGCUUGUUAUGGCUGACACUUCAAGUGGCUUAUUCUGUAACACAAUAAGCUUUGGUCCAUGACUCAGAACUAGGCUGUUUUUAUUCUUGCUACUUCUUUUUUAGAAUUAGGGUUAGGGUUAGAGUUAAUAGGUCACAGACAUAAAUGCAAAAUGCAAAAAUUAUAAAACUGCUAGAAGAUAACAUAGGAGAAAGCCUAGAUGACCAUUUGUAUGGUGAUGUGUUUUUUAAUUACAACACUGAAAGCACAAUCCAUGAAAGAAAUAAUUGAUAAGCUAGACCUCAUUAAAAUUAAAAAUGUCUACUCUGUAAUAGACACUGUCAAGAGAAUGAUCAGACAAGCCACAGACUGAGAGAAAAUAUUUGCAGAAGGCAAACCUGAUAAAGAACUGUUAUUCACAAUAUAAAAUAAACGUUAAAACUCAACUAUAAGAAAACAAAUAACCAGAUUAAAAAAUGGGCCAAAGAUCUUAACAGACACCUCACCAAAGAAGAUAUAUAGAUGGCAAAAAAGCAUAUGAAACUAUGCUCCACAUGACAUGUCAUCAGGGAAAUGAGAAUUAAAACAGUGAGAUACGACUACAAACCUAUUAGAAUGGCCAAAACCUAGAGCACUGACAACACCAAAUGCUGAUAACAAUGUGGAGCAACAGAAACCCUCUCAUUCAGUGCUGCUGGGAAUGCAAAAUGGUACAGCCAUUUUAGAAGAUAGUUUGAUAGUUUCUUACAAAACUAAACGUACUCGUAACAUAUGGUCCUGCAGUCACACUCCUUGGUAUUUACCCAAAGGAGUAGAAAACUGAUGUCCACACGAAAACACAGAUGAUUAUAACACUUUUUACAUAAUUGUCAGAACUUGGAAGCAACCAAGAUGACCUUUGGCGAAUGGGUAAACUGUGGUACAUUCAGACAAUGGAAUAUUAUUUAGUGCUAAAAAAAGAAAUGUUAUCAAGCCAUGAAAGGAUAUAAGGAAACUUCAAUGUAUAUUACUAAGUGCAAGAAGCCAAUCUGAAAAGGUUAUGUAAGCCCAAUUAUAUGACAUUCUGGAAAAGGAAAAACUGUGGAGACAGUAAAAAUAUUAGUGGUUGCCAGGGUCGCUGGGGGCAGGGGGUUGGAGGAGAAAUGAAUAGGCAGAGCACAGAGGACUUUUUAAGGAAAAUGUUUUGUAUGAUACCAUGGUGAUGGAUAUAUGUCAUUAUAUAAUACAUUUUUCCAAAUGCAUAGAAUGUACAAUACCAAGGGUGACUCCCAAGGUAAACUAUAUACUUUGGGUGAUUAUGAUGUGUCAGUGUAGGUUCAUCCUUGGUUUAAAAAAAAAGUACCAUUCUUCUGAGAUGUUAAUAAACGGGGAGGCCACGCGUGUGUGGAGACAGGGAGUAUGAGACAGAAAGUACCUCUGUAACUUUCUCUCAAUUUCGUUAUAAACCUACAAUGGCUUUAAAAAUAUUUUUUUUUUAAAAAGCACUCAAAUACAUAGAUAACAGUACAUGAAAGUCAGUAUUAGUAAAAUAUUUUGGCUAAGAAAAGUAAAAUUCUGCUUAUAAAAAUUGCUUUGGAACCUUGUAAAGUUCACAUAGGUGAUUGUAAUUAAUACCCAAAGUUCCUAUAUCAUCUUGCAUUAAACAUGGAAUCCCUUGUUCUUCCAUAAAAAUCAUUAAGGCCUAUAUUAAUACUGUGGAAAUUUAGGACUAUUUUUUGGUGGGGGGGAUCGGUAGAUUAAGAGGAACUUGUGGUUUUUCAACUAAAAACUAUUUGAUUUAUUAGUUGCUCAUAUUUUCAAUAUUAUAAAUAUUUUAUUUUUCACUAACUAAGCUAAUGAUUAGUAAAGCUAAUGAUUAGAAGCUAAAAGUUAUGUGCCUGUCUUAAAUAACCUAUGCUGUAUUUGUUUACUUGAAUUUAUAAUGUAUUUCUAAAGGAAGGGUUUACUGUUUGGUUCUCUCUUUUCACUUUUCUGAUAAAUUUGGCAGUGUAAGUAGUGGGUCUUCUAUAUCACAUUAGCCACCAUAUAGCACUUUCUCCUGAAUGUUACUGAACUAUGACCGAAACCAGGAAAAAUAAAUUGAAACAGAUACUAAAUAGCAGAAUAGAUUUAUUCAAUACAUAUCUAAGAAUGGCAUGCUCCAAAUUGCUUUUUUUCUUCUGUACUGUUCUAUUUAAAUGAUGGUUGUGAGGUAUAGAUCUUUAGAAAAAUAAAAAUAGCAUAUGAUUUAGUAAUGACAGAGUUGCUAUUUACAUAACCCAGUAAACACAGACAUGACGUAAUGAAACUUCAGUCUCUUAAUUAAUGAGAUGAUGUAUUCCAAAAGCAAAACCAGAGUUCAUGUGAUAAAUAGUUUUAAAAGGCUUCUUACCCAAAAAGCUUUCUGGCAUAACAAUCAUCUCAGAAUUGGAAUAAAACAUUUAAAUUACAGAUAUUUGCCAGGAUUGCUCAGUCACAUAGCACAAGGUAAUUUAGAGGCAAUGAUAAUACAAUGCCAGUCUAAGAUACAUUUUCAAAUUUCUUUUUGGUCCAAAACGUUUAAGACGUAUCGUCCACCUCAUCUACAAUGUAUUACUUAUUACUCCCCAUGACAUUAUUUUACAUAGAAUAGAAAUCUGUAAUCCCAAGCUUGUAUUAGAGAAGCUUCUUCAAGGUAAUUUCAAGACUAUUUCUCCUUGAUUCCAUAGUGCUUCUUUCUGUAUGUGAUAUGGGAAAAAUGUAACAAUCCUAUAACCAGUUGUUUUGUUUUCAGGGACUAGCGUUAACUAAUUCAUGCGGUUAGCCAUCCAGAUGUCAGCACAUAUACUCGGCUGAAAAUAUAUCACAGUUUUCUCCUCAUCCGCCUCUUCCACAGAGACUGUGUACAGCCAUUGUCAAGUGUCUGCCAUUCCUUAGAGGAAGAGCACUUUGAGGACACCUCCACCCAUUGGAUGUAAUAUUGAUUUGGCUGGGAAGUUAGAUAAUGUUGAUAUUGUUUUAAUUUCUGGUUCAUACAAAUUUGUAUGAAGCACUCAAUUCUCAGAAGAAUCCAUUCUUUUUCUAAUCUGACACUAAUUUAGAUUAUUCAUCUUCUAAGCCUUUCAAUCUCAAUUAAUAUGUCAAUGUAAUUUACUCAGGCACAGUUUCCUAAUAAUUAGUCUAAUUCUCUCAUUUUUCUUUCAUUUCUUUCCAUCAAAAAAUACCACUUCCUCUUUCAGAGCUUUCCUUUUCUCAGUCCCUGCACAGCCCCAGUUGUAUCAUCUUCAGGCUCCAAUUCUCAUUUUUGUUGUAACUCCAAAGUUUAAUUCCCUUGCCUAAAUUUAGAUCCCAAACAUUGAAAACAAUCUCUUCAUUUAUAACUGUCUUAUGCAAGAGACUCCAUCUUUACUUUGAAAUGCAUCACAGAGAUGAACUUUCUCAGAAACACUGACACAGUGCUCUGCCUAGAUCCUCUCAGACUUUUUUUUUAACACUUUUUGAGCACCCCUCUCCCAAAUGAGCCAUGCUUUUACCUCCACUAGCGUUCACCUAACACUGUCUGUGGGAGUUCUGCUACCCUCAGAAGGACUUUACCCAAUAUUACAGCCUUGUUUGGCUGCUUUCUUCUUUCCAGUCUUGCUUCCCUCACCAAUUUCUCCUGGGAGAACUUCACUAAUAAAUCACUUGCUCAGGGUCUGCUUCUGAGAAUCCCAAACUAAGUCACAUUGCAAAAAUAAUUACAUCUUGAAAUCUCUAUUUUCAAGAGAUGACUAUUACUCCACUCCUGUUUCUCAUUCUAGAUCAAUUCUGCUUCCAGCAGCAGCAGCAACAGGAAAGAAAAAAGAAAAAAAAAAAAAAAAGAAA